AUGGACAGCCGGGUCCUCGAGCAUCCUCACGCCCAGUUCACGGGCUCCCUGGGCGGACUGGUGGGCUUCCCGUACGGGCUCGGCCCCCAUCACCACCACCACCACCACCACCUCUACGAGCUCGCCAACGGACACCAGCUGCAGUCCGCGGCCGCCGCCCCCUUCUCGAUAGACGGAUUACUUAACGGCUCGUGCUCGGCCUCCGUGGGCAACCCGCUGCUGUCGCCCGACAGCCAGCAGUUCAAACUCUCAGAUUCUGGGGACCCGGAUAAGGACGGUCCCGGUUGUAAAAGGAGACGCACGCGGACGAAUUUCACCGGGUGGCAGCUGGAGGAGCUCGAGAAGGCGUUCAACGAGAGCCACUACCCGGAUGUGUUCAUGCGGGAGGCGCUCGCGCUCAGGCUCGACCUGGUGGAGUCCAGGGUUCAGGUUUGGUUCCAAAACCGACGCGCGAAGUGGCGAAAGAAGGAGAACACGAAGAAAGGCCCGGGGCGGCCGGCCCACAACUCCCACCCGACCACGUGCAGCGGCGAGCCCAUGGACCCCGAGGAGAUCGCCCGGCGCGACCAGGAGCGCGCCGAGAAGAAGAAGCGGAAGCAGGAGCGGAAGCUGCUGAAGUCGCAGAACAAGCUGCUGGCGGGCGACAGCUUCCACACGCCCGGCGGCUCGGACAGCGACAGCGGCGUCUCCCAGUUCACCGACAGCGAGCAGCAGUCGUCGAGCGUCAGCGGGACGAUUCGCAUCGAGCUGCCGGCGACGGCGACGAAGGGCGGCGGGGGACGCCACACCGAAUCCAGCUGUGACCAAACGCGACACGACUACAGCCACCUGCAAAACCAGCACAACCAAAGAACGGCGGGAGAACCGGAGCAGGUCUCUCCGGGCAGCACGCACAGCUCCGGCCCCGGGGGCCCGAGAUCCGCCGCCCUGCAGAAACGCAACCCUUUCAGCGUGGAGAGCCUCCUCUCCGACGCCACGCCUCGCAGGAAGCCUCAGCUGGACUUCCCCUCGUCGCCCGGUCAGAGGACGCUGGUGGGUAAAGGUCACUUCUUGCUUUACCCCAUCACCCAUCAGCCCUUGGGCUUUCUCGUGCCCCAGGCGGCCCUGAAGGCCUCGCCGUGUCAGGACAACGGCGUUCACAGGCCGGGCGCGGGCCAGAGGUGCGUGGCGAGCGAAGGGAGCCCCGCUCCUUCAGACCUCCCCGGCAUCGUCCCCCCGGCCUCGGGUCGCCGCGAUCACAUUAGCAAUAGGGCGGACGGAGACGCAAACGCGGAGGAGUGUGGCGGCGGCGGCGGCGUCGAGCACCCCGGGUCUCCCCCGCCGAACGGGCCGAGCUCGGCGCGGUCCGGCGACGCCAGCGACCAGGGCGGUGUGAAAGUUCGAACAGAGGCGGCGACGGCCGACGAGCCGCUCGCCGAGGGGACGCUGGCGGCGUCGGCGGCGGGCGCAACAGACGAGCGAGCGUCUCCGGACCCUCGCAGGGGUCCGGAGACAAACACCGACGGAGAGGACGUCGACAUGGACUAA